AUGCUCAAUGAUGCGGCAAUCUAUGAGUACUGCUUGCAAGAUGAAGUCGUGUUGAUUGCAGCCAGCAUUUUAGAUUACGAUCCUGAAUUUGGGAACCAAAAGGCCUCAUAUCAUGCCGACCUAUCCGAUCCAACGAGGUUCAAGGAAGUAGUGCCGAUCAGGGACGAACAGAUCAAGUCGAAGAUCCAUCUAACCUACCGACUGCAAUACUUCAAAGAUAUCAUCCUUGCACGAAUCAUGGACGACUCAACUUUUUCGAUCAUCAACUCGAUGCUCUUCUUCAACCAAGUCGAGAUCGUCCAAUACCUACACAGUAGCGACCACUUCAUGCGCGACCUGUUCGGGAUCUUUGAUAUGGGAACCGACCCACCACCAGCCAGUUCAUCCUCCCCCAUCAUCGGACCUCCCCUACCGCCAUCGAUGCGGAAGAUCGACACGAUCAUGUUCCUCCAGCAGCUCUGCUCGAUGGCCAAACAUCUCCAAGCCCCGUCUCGGAUCAGCUUCUUCCGGUCGCUGGCCGAACGCGGAAUCUUGAAAGUGAUCGAGUUUGGGCUCUCGAAAGAGAACCUGACUAACCGCAACACCGACCCGUCAGCGGAAGAAGAAGGCUCGACAGCGCCUCCAAAGACGGAUGAGGUGCGCGAGGAGGAGGCGAUGAUCAAGUCGGUGGUCUGUGAGAUCCUGAUGACGAUCAUCGACUACGAUCCGAGUAGCGUGCGGGGAUAUUGCUUGAAACAGCGCCAAGAAGGCACCAAGACUCUGGCAGAGAGUUUGAUCGAAUUGCUGAUCUCAGAGGCCGACUUGGGCCUCAAGGUUCAACUGACUGACGCCCUCAGGACGUUGCUCGACAUGGGCGGAACUGGCCUCGGGAAUCCGUCGACCAACAUGGCCCUUGCCGAUAGCAACGGCCUGCUCAAGCGCGACGAGGAUCCCGAUAACGAACGGUUCCUUCAGUUCUUCUAUGACCAUUGCGUCCAUGUCUUGGCCCGCCCUUUUCUUCAGCUCCCCGAGCUCAUUCCCUAUGCUCCAGACGACCAAGAACCGGUGUCGAUUACUCCUUUGGAAGCUGCCACGUUCAAUCAUCUGUGCGAGAUGAUCUGUUUUAUCAUCGUCCAACACAGCUUUCGGUCCAAGUAUUUCAUCCUCUCGACCAAUCUCCUGAACAAAAUCGGCAGUUUAUUGAGAAUCAUUGGGCCCAGAACAAUGAUCUCCCCCUCGCCUACAAGUAAGACGACCCUUCAAGGAGGGAAACCCAGGACAGCAGAGGAUGAGAAGGAUCAGAGUGUCGUUCCUCCUCAUCCUCAACAGAUUCAGAAGAAGAAGAAAAGCUCGUAUAAGUAUCUCGAGUUGGUCGGCUUGAAAAUCCUCAAGACGUGCUUCAAUAAAAAGGACCAGUUCUACGACCGCGCCUUGAUCAAAAACUCGCUCAUCGACCACGUCGUCCUCGAUCUCUUUGUCUUCCAGGACGGCAAAGAUAAUUUGGUCUCUUCUGCUUGUUUGGAGCUCUUUGAGAACAUCCGUUUGAAUAAUCCGAAACCGAUCCUUAAUCAUUUGAUGGAUAAACGCCCCGAUCUCGUCAGACUUCUCGCCCAGAAAUUCAACACUUUUCAUAGUCUUAUCCAACGAUGGGAGCAGAACAAUGAGCACCAAAAUGCACAGAACAAUGCUCCCAAUUCCCAAUCCUCAACAAAUCCUGCAGAAACCUCGACGCAAAAUGUGCGGAAUAUCGGGAGUUGGUCUCGCAGUCGAACCUUAGAUGUUGAGGAAGAGAAUUACUUCAACGAUUCGGAUGAAGAGGGCGAAGAAGGAGGAGGAGGAGGAGUAAGAGGAAGCGAAGUGAUGAUGAUUGCGAAUACGUCUAGGAUGGGAGCACGGGAGGCCGCAGGGCAGCAUAAGCGACAACGUUCGAUGACGGGUGUGAAUCCGGAGAUCUUGGCGGGUCUUCGAGGAGAGAAAGUGUUCGGAGGAGGAGGAGGAGCCCUAGUCAGAGGAGGCGAGGGUGGAGGAGUGAAGCCGUUAGUGGAUUACCCGGACGAGGAUGAGGAGGCCGGGACCAGUGAGUCUACGACGACGGUGACCGGCCCGUCGACGACGACGAGGACGACGACGGCAGUCGGGGCCGAGGAGGCCGAGCAAGGGCUCUCGGGCGAGCCUCCGCCGAAGGUCCGGCUGGGCGAACGCAGACGGCGCGAGGAGGACGAAGAAGACCUGCUCGGGCUCGGCGGGUUGGUCAGUGGGGCGUCCGGGCGCGACGCCAAGCGCGGCAAACGCUCCGUCCCGAUGGCCCGGAUCGGCCCAGCCACCAAACCCACCUCUUCCUCUUCCUCCAACCUCUUCUCUUCGCAGAAAGAGAAACCGGGCUCGGUAAACAAUUCGUCCACCCUCCCCGUUGGCGUUUCUCCUACUACGACAAACGUUAAGCAGGGCGGAAACCCCGCUAUCUCGAAACUUACCGGCGUCGCCACUAAGAAAAUCGUCCUCAGUCUCGCUAGCUCUAGUCUUAUCGCCGCCAGCUCUUCCCCUCCUUCUUCCUCUUCUUCCGCUUCUUCUUCUGCUCCUUCGGCUUCUGCACCUGUUACGGACUCGAAACGGACCUCUGAUCAGGCGCAAGUGCCCGCCGAUCCCGAGCUGACCAGGGGUUUGUCUGCGCCGGCUUCUUCUUCUUCGGCUUCGGCUUCCUCGGCUUCGGGUUUAGGUCCGGUUCCGGCUUGUCCAGUCGUGGAUCCUUCUUCUUCCUCUACGACUAAGACUACUUCUACUUCUACUUCUACUUCUACUUCUACUGAGAGUUCAACUACAAGUUCAACUGCUACUCCUGUUGUUCUUCCAAUCGUCCCUUCUCAAUCUCACUCUCAUCCUACUCAUCUUCUUCUUCAUCCUUCUUCCUCUGCUUCUCCUGCCCCUGCUUCUUCUUCCUCUUCUCCUUCUUCUUCUGCUGCUUCUUCUGCUGCUUCUGCUUCUUCUUCGCUUCUUCCUCAUUCUUGA